UCUCUUCGCCUCAUUGUAAGGUCGCCACGUUCUGAUUGGAGGAAAAGCAGCCACUCUAAACGAGGGAAUGGCAGACAUUGUUGGUCCAUCUGUUCUGCCACUCAUUGUCCAACUUGCCUGCUUCUGUAGGGAAAAAAAUCCAGCUCUGGAGGACACUCAGACACGGAGGACAGAGGCGUUUGGCUGGAGUUGGAUGCUCUGUGCUUUACCUGCAGCUAAGACAAAUACUGGGAUUGGAUGUAGCUGCUGUGGGAACUUUGGGACUUGUUUUUUCUCAGUUUCACCUACAGUGUUUCUUGUCUGGUCUUCAAGGAUUUAAAUAUGCGGACAUGAGCUAAUGAACUUCCCUGUCUUCAUUUUUUGUUGAUCUUUUAAGGCCUGUGAUACUAGGAGCACUGAGAUGAUGCAAAGAACUACAAGAGCUACAUCAGUGUUACCUGCAUGACAGGUUGCUGCUUCCCGACCUGCCUGGUUGGGCCUGUGCAGGGCUGCAGCAUCGCACCAAUGAGUCGAGCUUUGUGAGAGGGCAGCAGUCAGCCCGGUGUGCUGGAUGUCUGUGACAGAUCCAUGGGUCAGAAGGACCAUGUGGAGGCAGGAGCAGGCCACAUCUUCGACCUGGGGCUGGAUUUGGAGUAUCUCCACGUAGCGGGGGCUGACCGGCAGGCUGGCGGUGCUGACGGGCCCCCUGCUAUGGAGGAGCAGGGGGAGAGCUCCGGUAACAGCAGCACCGCCAAUUCCCCUCCACCGCCUACGGUGGAGGAAAAUGCUGGACCUGACACAGAGUGCAAGCCGGCGCCGUCUACCGGCUCCACCCUCACUGCCGGCCCUGACGCGGAUGGAGGAGAGGGAGGGUCAACUCACAGUAAGAACACCCACCAGCCUCUUUGUCGGACCCAGUGUGUGGACUUGGGCACUGAGGGGCCUCCUGAGCCCCCAUCUGAACUCCUAUCAGAGCUUGAACAUGACACUCCUGCCCAGUCCCCACCCAGCUCCCCGUGUAAAAACCCACUCGAGCCUGUGGCCAAUCCCUCCAAAUCAGAGCCAGCAUCUGAGGCUGGUGGGAAGGAGUACCAGGCUAAGCUGGAGUUUGCCCUGAAGCUGGGCUACUCUGAGGAGACGGUGCGACUGGUGCUGUCCAAGCUGGGCCCUGACACCCUCAUCAACGACAUACUGGGAGAGCUGGUCAAACUGGGCACUAAGUCGGACAGCGAGCAGCCGGCUGGAUCAUUAGCCUCUACAUCAUCUUCUUCGUCCUCCUCUUCGUCUUGUGGUUGCUCUGAUUUGCUGGAUGGCGUGAGGUCGGACUCGCCCUGUCCUUCAGACUCUCUGGGUGACCAGGACAACCUGCGGCCGAUUGUGGUGGAUGGAAGUAAUGUAGCCAUGAGUCAUGGCAACAAGGAAGUGUUUUCGUGCCAGGGCAUCCAGCUGGCUGUAGAUUGGUUCCUAGAGCGCGGCCAUCAUGACAUCACGGUGUUUGUGCCUGCAUGGAGGAAAGAGCAGUCCCGCCCUGAUGCCCCUAUCACGGAUCAGGAGAUCUUGCGUCGCCUAGAGAAGGAAAAGAUCCUGGUGUUCACUCCGUCACGGCGUGUCCAAGGUCGGCGUGUGGUCUGCUAUGACGACCGCUUCAUUGUCAAGCUGGCUUAUGAGUCAGACGGCAUCAUAGUCUCCAAUGACAACUACCGAGACCUGGCUAAUGAGAAGCCUGAGUGGAAGAAGUUCAUCGAUGAGCGGCUGCUCAUGUAUUCCUUUGUCAAUGACAAAUUCAUGCCCCCAGAUGACCCUCUCGGUCGUCAUGGUCCCAGCUUAGACAACUUCCUGAGGAAAAGACCUGUCAUGCCUGAGCAGAAGAAACAGCCUUGCCCAUACGGAAAGAAGUGCACUUACGGCCACAAGUGUAAGUACUACCACCCAGAAAGAGGUGCUCAGCCUCAGCGUGCUGUGGCCGAUGAGCUGCGAGCCAGUGCCAAGAUCUGUGUCACCACAAAGAACCAGGGAGACACUGGGCUGGUGAAAAGCCACAGUGUUCCAGCUGGCAGCAUUGAGGCAAAAAAAGGUGCCCCGAAAAGGCAGUCAGACCCCAGCAUCCGAGCUCUCUCAUACAGUGAUGCCGAGGAGAAGCUUCUGGCUAAAGGGAGGGUGGAAAGCCAGAAGAGCAGUUUGUGUGGUGGUAACAGUGGCAGUAGCAGUUCUAGCAGCAGCAGUAGUUGCAGUGGGAGUAUCACCAUGUCCCCAGCCCCAGGAGGCCCUCCAUCCGGCCUUAGCCUCCCCCAGGACCAACAGUCCAGAGCAGCCACUCCUCACGGUCACUUACCAACCCCAGGCCAUGACCUUUACCCUCACUGUGAGUCCCCAGACCUGAGCUACUACUCAGUAACGCGUGCCUACUCUGGCCUGAGCCUGUCCUCCAGACGGAGCCCGGACUGUCGCUUCCCCAAUGACACAGACCUGCGUUUAGGCUCGAUGGGCUCAGCAGGCUCCGAAUGCGGCAGCGAAAGCAGUGCGAGUUGUGGUAGCAACUGUGACUCGUACAGUGAGAGGCCUUGUCCUGGAUGCCCCCCAGACACCCUCCUGGAAGAGAACAUCCACUUCCCUAAUCCCCACAGCCGGCUGUAUCCCCAUCAUGCUGCAUCAAACCAUGAACUUUGUGGCCUUCAUCCUGCAGAUUACACAAAUAUCCAACAAAGCCACACGUCUAAUUCUGGCGUUCACGGUUACCACCUGAGUGUGGCACGCGUGCAGAGCUGUGCUCAUGAUCAGCCUCCACCGGAGGCUCCCCCGAAGCGCCCUCUCUACCCCUUACCCCCUCAUCUGCAGCACCAGCCACUGGCUGCACGCUCCAGCUGCCCAGGCGACUACCACUCUCUGCCCCAGACUAACCCUCUUCCCCCUGGCUCUCCUCUUGGACGCUGCCUUGCCCCCACACGAGCGGAGAGUGUGUCGGACUCACAUCUGUAUGAACACCUCUCUACAUCCCACCAUCACCACCGACCCAAAGCUUUGCCCAGCUGGGACACAUACUACAGACAGCCGCCAUUGCCGCUGUCCCGGUAUGAGCCGUCUGCCUAUCAGAGUCUGCCCGACACACGCCAGUCAUCCUGGCACACCCCUCCCUGGACACAGGAUGGCUACGCCCAGCAUCACUCCUCUUACCCAGCUCUCCACCCGUCCCCGACACAUUACCUAAACCACCCACCACCUCCAGCCCACUCUCCUCACCCGCCUCACCCGUCCAGCGCCCCUCUCCCGCCUUACCCACCCCACAGCGCUCACCUGUCGGUGCCCUCUCACGCCACUCCCUCCUACAUGCCGCAGCACUCGGAAUCCCCUGCGCACAGCCGCUAUGGGGACGUAAGGGAGAAAGUGUACGUCAACCUGUGUAACAUCUUUCCCCCAGAGCUGGUGAGCCGGGUGAUGGCCAGGAGCCCCCACAUCACAGACCCCCAACAGCUGGCAGCCGCCAUCCUGGCAGAGAAGGCCCAAACAGGCUACUAAAGAAUGAAGGAAAAUGUAAUCUCCCAUUAGGAAACAAUAGCAGUUCAGUAUUCUGUAUAGAGAUGGGAAACCCCAAACUAAAUGGUUAGUAUCAGAAGACACUUGAAAAUAUGUUGCGUUUGCAUGGUGGAAUACUGGAAUGCUUUUGGAUUGUCUGCAAGGAGAGCAUUUUCUUUUCUUAUGACAUUAGUGAGACAACUCAGAAUUUAAGCAUAUAAAAUGUGGACGAUAAUCCAAAUUCAGCUCCAUUCACUGCGCAGCGGCAACUAAAUCAACUCAACUUUAAGAACUGUGGAGAGAGGGAGUCAAAAUCUGUGGCUUUGACACAAAGUGCGACUUGAGGAGAUUGUUGUACACCCCUUCUCUGUUUUUUUUAAAUUUAUUUAGUAGUUUAUUCUGUGUCUUUCACAUGCAGGACAUGUUAUGCAUCAAAAUGUAAAGGCACUUUUUUUUUUUUACUUUUUUUUUUUUUCUUUAAAUUUUACAGCCCAAUAAUAACCUAAAGAGUUGGUUUCAGAUACAUCCGAUGUGACUGAUAUGAAGAAUUAUUUAAUCAUUUCCUCCACCUUUAAGACCAGAUUCUGAUUUUUAGGGAAUAUGCACACACAUCAUGUGCACUGUACACUGUACCCUCAGACCUGAGCCAAACAGUGUUUGAAAAUACUUUUUUCUUGCAUGUGUGUAGCGCCAGAUGGAUGGGAUUUUCUACUUUCAAACUAUAAAGAAGUGUCAGUCACAGAUAAGUAUUCAAACUUAAUUUCUGAUAAAUUUCCUGUGAUUUUCUUAAUUUGAUAGGCGGCAAAUCCCUAUCUGGUACUCCUAUUAUCACAUGACUGUUUGAAACUACUAUUUGACCAAGGUCUGUGUCUUAUAUUAAUCUCUGUGUGUGUGUUGUGUGGCCGUUGUGUGGGGUUUUUCCCUUGUUGGUUAAAAAUAGGUGUCUGAAAGAUGGUCGUCUUAUUUGAGAUGACGUCAGUAUUUUGGUUAGAGUUGUAGCUGUAGAGAUGGGUGACCCUGUCGUGUGUACCUUAGUUUUAGUAAGGGACAUCUCUCUCUCUAUCUUUCUCUAACUCUCUCUCUCUCUCUCUCUGGCCCUUUAUUUUGGGUCAACUCUGGUUUCUGCUACAGACAAAGAACAUCUCGACAUCAGUAAACGAAACUUGUAUGUAUUGUAAAUAUAUUUAACAGAUUCCCCUGCUGUGCUUUCGGGUGACAGCGUCAACUGUUGUCGGUAGCAGAUCCCAGCUGAAUCCAUGCUAGACAGAGAAAAACCUUGUUUGAUACAAAUUGUAUCAUUAACUAAGUCGCUGAUGUUAUAUACAGUACAUGGACUUGUUGAUCCGUAUUUAUCAAACACUCUUGAUGUAUUGCUAUAUGAUGAAGUGCAUUGACAACAGAUGUUCCAACUUUUAAUCUUGUGGAAAUAGCUUUGAGACAAUUACUUCAAAUAUGUUAUGAAACAAAAGGAGUUGUCUGCCUACUAUGUUUAGGUAUCACAACUUCUUUACCUGCGCUUUUGGGUUUGAAGCUGGCUUAUUUUCUACAGGAGCUCCGAUUAAAUCACAUGUGAGAAAUGUUUUGGUUUACUAGUUGACAGACAUAACUGUCCAUUUGAGAACGAAAGUGAAUUAAUCUGUUUUUUCACUGUGGUUGAGGUUGGGGUCAGUUCAUUUUAAAGCUUCUUUUAGCCUCUUUAUUAAGUCAGGAAGUGGAUAAGUAACAUUAAACUUUAUGCUUGAAGUAAUAGAGAAUUUAGUUAUUAUCAUUAACCAUUCUAUUAUUUCUACAAAUCAUAAAUUGAGUGGACAGACCCCAACCAUGUGUAAUAGGUUAAAUUUUAUAUUUGGGUCAGUCCUGUAUCCCAUGGCGGCCAUUUUGGAAUAUCUGUAACACUCUACCGAAGCUCAACCUGGAGUAUUUUUCCAAACAUAUAAAGCUAUUUAUUUUGCCCGAGGUCUUUAGAUAGAACCGUAAAUCAUCCAGUCAGUAAAGACAGCUUGAAUAACAACAAUAAAUGCUGAACCACAAGUUUAGCUAACUACCCUGCUAUUUGAUAUUUUAGGGGGGGGUUAUUUGGCAACAGUGCAUUACAUGGUGGUAGCCUGAAAGAAUGACAUGUAAACAACAAAACUACUGUGGCUACCAGAGCACUUACUAAACUUAUGCUAACAUUUCGUUGUAUUAUUCACACCUGACUAUAGCCUAGUGUGUGUCAGUAUAAACCAAAAAGGAAAUUCUGCCAUACAUUGCCCUUCUAUUAGUAGGACAUUAAAUGUUUUGAAUGCAGCAUUAGCCUGUCCAUGGCUAGAUUGCUGUUUUUAGCCCUGGAUAUGUUUCUAGAUUAAAAUGUUAAUUUACUCUAAUCAGUCUGAUUAAGUAAAACUAAUUACAAGAAUUCAAUCAAUAAUUAAUGUUUGUCAGGUUUUGAAGAGUUAACUGCAGGGAAUGGCAUAGUUAUACUUGACCAGGUAGAGCCCACCAACAGUGUCAACCAAGUUAAAAUGGCCGCCAAGGAAUCAAAAGUCUACACAGUGAGCUCAUCACACAGUUCAUCACAAGCCAGCUACAUUUAGCCCACUGGUUUCUUUCCUGUCCAACGUGUCACAUUGUACAAAUAAUAAAUAACUGUACAAUAACACGUGCUGUUGAUAAGAGAGAACCUUUGUGUGUAUUGAAGAAGCGCCUUCUCUCUGGCCUCCUGGCACUGUGUGUCAGUGUGGCACCCGAGCGUGGGCCCAAAGUAAUGCCUCUUCAUGGCAUUGUGCUUAUGACACAUCCAAUACUCUGAACUAUGUUCAGCUAACUGUUAUGCAUGUUUUGAUUUGUUUUGGUUUCUGCAUGUAUCCUUGUUUACUUUGUGUACAAAGCUUUGUCUCUGUCCUGGACGUUUGUCUGGCCGUUACUGUGACACGAUGCUAGCUGUUGAGAUGCUUCUAGGUUUAAUUGUACACAAAACUGGCUUGUUUUUCUGCUCGUUAAUGUUUUUUGUUUUUUUUUUAAUAUAUCCGUUAGGUUCUUUACAGAAAUUAAUACUUUCUUUAACAUACAAUUUAAGUCAAGUGGGAAUGCUAUCUUGUUUUCUGUAAGGCUUGACAUUUACUCCAAAGGAUCAGGAAGCAUGCUUAGGAAUGCAUCCCACUUUUCUCCAACACUGUUUGCUUUGAAAGUGCGCUCGGCCAUAGAUAGUGAUAAAUUGACUUCUGUGUAGAUAUAAAAAUGCUAUACAGGCCACUACACUCAAGUACAAUGAAAGUCCUCUGCUUCAAAUUUUAUUUACAUUUUGCCAGUAGAAUAACGGUGUAACUGAUUAUUGUAACAUUCUCAACUGUACAUGUGAUUGUUCAUUAA